UUAUUAGCCGAGCAAAUGUGUUCGUAUUUUUUAAUUAGAUAAGUUUGUUUUAAAAUCAUAUCGGAUGGUUAUUGUAAAGAAAUCCCAUGAAAAAGAAUUAACUUGUUUGGGAACAACUCUGAACCUGUCUUACUCUACCGCACGCUUCAAAAUUACCUAUAUUAGUGUAAGCUGGCCAUAGUAGUUUAAAACCGUUUGAGCAUCGUGUUGAAAGUGCGAAAACAUGCAGUAUUUUGCAAUGGUUUUUUUAUUUAGUGCCCUAUUCGUCGGCGGUUUGGCCGGAUAUUCAGCAUCAGAUUCUGAAAAUGAGUUAGGUCAAGGCACAGGCGGUUCGACAUCGUAUGGCUAUUCUGGAAGCUAUUCUGGAGCUGGGAUCCCUAAUGGAAAUACUCCCAUUCCUUUCUUUCCACAAUGGGACUUCUCUGGAUAUUUGUCGAAAUAUUUUGAAUCUCUAAGUAAACAUCACUUAGAGUUCAUGAAAGACGGUGGUGGUGCUUUUUCUUUUUCGCAUGCUUCCUCUAGCCCUAAUUCGAAGGCUCAAGCGCACUCUUCAAUAACCUUUAGUAGCGGCUAUAGAAAUGGAUUAGAAAGGCAAGCUCAAACAGCGUUAGCCCAGGCACAAGCUCAGGGACAAGGUCAAGCGGCUCAAGGACAUCCGGAAGUGUUUAGCUUGGGAAAUCGAGGUGGAUUUGUUGGUGGUUACGGAGGAGGUUUUGCUGGACCAGACGGUAGUGGAUUUUCGUUCGCUGGACCGAUUGGAGGUGGUGCUGGCACCGGCCCAGGUCUAGAUGGGUCAGCGUUGGCGAGCGGUUCCAUAGGACCCGGAGGAGUUCAACAAACUGCCGCAGUAUUCCCGGAAAAUCCAAAUGCACCAAAUAUCAAUACACGUUUUGGAUCCGAAGGGGGUGAUGGAAGUGGGUUCAAAAGCGUAUUCACUUCCAGCAAAAGCGUCACCACCAAUGUGGACGGAAAACCUCAAACUUUCCGCGAGGCCUCCACUACGGUCAACGAUAACGGGAAAGUCACUACAUACACAGCGAAGAAUCCUUAAAAAUAUGCGCUUUUUGGAAACGGGACCUUAGUUUUCAGGUCCCCAAGCGGAAAUAUUGUUUUAAUCGUCUAUGUUAAGUGAUAUAAAUUAGAAAUUGGAAAGAAUGGAAAUGAUAUUUCGUUCUCUUGUGGUUUAAUGAAUAAGAUUUUGAAUAAAAAAAGUUCU